UAGAUAUAAGAAGCCCGAAGAACGAGGACCUCUAAAUGAAGCAAUGAAUAUGUUACUUCCAAUGAUUUAUCAGCGUUGUGUACAGCUUUUACAAGAUCCUUCAGAUGUGUCUGUCCUUUUGCAGAAACAAAUUUUGAAAAUUUUUUUUGCUCUUGUUCAAUAUUUCUUGCCUUUAGAUUUAAUAUCUAAAGAAGUUUUCUCUCAAUGGAUGGAAUUAUUUCGUACGAUUGUCGGAAGGCCGAUUCCAGAGCACACAUCUACGUAUGAUGAAGAAGAACAAGUUGAGUUGUCAUGGUGGAAAUGCAAGAAAUGGGCAUUGCAUAUCCUUACUCGUGUCUUUGAAAGGUAUGGGAACCCUGGGAAUGUAACAAAAGAAUAUAAAGAUUUUGCUGUCUACUACCUCAAAGCAUAUACUGCUGGAAUAUUAGAAGUUUUACUUAAAUUAUUAGAUCAGUAUAGGCAGAAGGUCUUUAUUUCUCCACGUGUGCUGCAGUUAGUUCUCAAUUAUAUUAAUGAAGCAGUUUCUCAUUCUUUUUCAUGGAAACUUUUGAAGCCACAUAUGUUGUUAAUCAUACAAGAUGUUGUAUUUCCCUUGAUGUGCUGUAGUGAUAGAGAUGAAGAAUUAUGGAAUACUGAUCCCCAUGAAUAUAUAAGAUCCAAAUUUGAUGUCUUUGAAGACUUCAUUUCACCUGUUACUGCUGCUCAAACUUUGUUACAUUCAGUUGCUAAAAAGAGGAAAGAUAUGCUACAAAAAGCAAUGGAAUUUGUUAUGACUGUUUUAACUAAUCAAGCUUCUACUGCCCGACAAAAGGAUGGAGCUCUGCACAUGAUCGGAACAGUAGCUGAUGUGCUUUUAAAGCGCAAAAUAUAUAAGGAACAGAUGGAAUCCAUUUUGGUUGCAUAUGUUUUUCCUCAUUUCCAGAGUGAGCAUGGUUUUAUGAGAGCUAGAGCCUGCUGGGUGAUGCAUUAUUUCUGUGAAAUGAAAUUUCGAAAUGAAGCCAAUUUGAUUACUGCUCUUCAACUAACGCAGGCAGCUCUUUUAAAUGACCAGGAAUUACCAGUUAAAGUCGAAGCUGCUGUGGCUCUGCAGAUGCUUAUCACCAAUCAAGAAAAAGCUCAAAAGCAUGUCGAACCUCAUAUAAAGCCCAUUGCUUUGGAACUGCUGAAAAUUAUUCGAGAAACAGAAAAUGAUGAUUUAACAAAUGUUAUGCAGAAAAUCGUGUGCACGUAUACGGAACAGUUAACGCCUAUUGCUGUUGAAAUGACUCAGCAUUUGGCACAGACAUUUACUCAUGUUAUAAAUAGUGGUGAUGACAAUUCUGAUGAGAAAACGAUCACAGCAAUGGGUAUCCUCAACACUAUAGACACAAUCUUAUCAGUAAUGGAAGAUCAUAAAGAGAUAAUGGCUCUUCUGGAACCAACAGUUUUAAAUGUUGUUGGCUUAAUUCUUACACAGAGUGUUAUAGAAUUUUAUGAAGAGUCAAUGUCUUUAAUAUACAGUUUAUCAUCGAAUAACAUUUCCCCUGACAUGUGGAAAGUUUUUGAGCUCAUGUAUCAGACUUUCUUAAAGGAUGGGUUUGAUUUCUUUACAGAUAUGAUGCCUGCUCUUCACAAUUUUGUCAGAGUGGACACACAAGCAUUUGUCAGUAACGAAAACCACCUUUUAGCAAUAUACAAUAUGUGCAAAGCAAUUUUAAAUGGUGAAGCAGGUGAAGAUGCUGAAUGUCAUGCAGCAAAGUUAUUAGAAAUAAUUAUAUUGCAGUGUAAAGGAAUGAUUGAUCAGUGUAUUCCUUCAUUUGUUGAACUGGUUUUAGGACGAUUAACUAGGGAAGUUAAAACAUCGGAAUUAAGAACAAUGUGUUUACAGGUUGUCAUUGCAGCAUUAUACUACAAUCCUACUCUUCUAUUAGAAACACUAGAAAAAAUUCAUAUACCUAAUACUUCAGACUCUAUAACUUCACAUUUUAUUCAACAGUGGAUACAUGAUACAGAUUGUUUUCUUGGCUUACACGAUCGAAAAAUGUGUGUAUUAGGAUUGUGCACAUUGGUAUCUACACCAGUUUGUAAAGCAAAAUUGAAUAAUGAAGUGGUUCAAAAAGUGAUUCCCUCUAUGUUACUUCUAUUUGAUGGUCUAAAACGAGCUUAUGCCUACAAAGCUCAAGAGGAAGAAGGUGACACAGAUGAAGAAGAGGAGGAAGAAUAUGACCCAGAUAUUUUAGGGAGUGAUGAUGAUGAUGUAAAUGAUGAAGGUGAAUAUCUUGAAAAAAUUUCUGCCAACAUAAAGAAAAAGUCUCCAUUUGCAGUUACAUCUGCGACAAUAACUGAUGAUGAUGAGGCUACAGAUGACGAAGAUGAAGAGGAUGAUGGUGCAGAAGAGACAGCUUUAGAAGGUUAUACUACUCCCUUAGAUGAUGAAGAUACAUCUGUUGAUGAAUAUGUUGUCUUUAAAGAAGUUAUGAAUAAUCUUAAAGCAAGUGAUCCUAACUGGUAUAAUAUUUUAACAUCACAUCUCACAACAGAACAGCAGAGGUCUUUUGAGGAAGUUUGUAUAUUGGCAGAUCAAAGAAAAGCUGCUGCAGAAUCUAGAAGAAUAGAAAAAAGUGGUGGUUAUGUUUUUCAAAACCAGACUGUUCCAACAUCUUUUAAUUUUGGUGGUUAGAUGUUUAUUUCUGUGUGAGAGCUGUGCAAAUAUGCAAGGCCAUGGUUUGUGAUAAAGGUGCUGUACAGAAUAAAAUGAUUGCUGGCAUUAAAUAUUUUUGUAUGACCAUCA